GGCGGGGAGCGGAGAUGGACCGCGGACAGCGCGUCCCUGUGUGAUAGAGCGUGUGCUUUACGUCCUGUGAGUCGGGCUCGUGAGAAGUGUGGGUACGGCGCCUAGUGAGCACCAUCGAGGACGACUCAGUGGAGAAACGGGGCAUGGACACCGCUUAUCACUACGACCGCGACAGUCACGGCAUGGCAGUUUUGCGUGAAGCUGCUAAUCAGCCAAGAGUCCGCUGACAGCGCAAACUUCGAAAAAGUAUCUGCAACAGAAAAGGAAGUCUUCUGUCUCCAUAACAACUAAACACAGCCGAGAAAAUCACAUCGGAUAAAUUGAAGAUGGCUGUGUUUGUGCGAACAAGUUAAGUCCUUAUGACAUAAGCCUUGAGGGUCACGAAAAAAGAAGCGAGCAGUAAGAAACGGAGCCAAUCCAUGUUGUUUACAGCGAUACGGACAUUCGUCAAAUGACAGGUUGUGCGUCAGUUGCGGUCAGUCUCGGUGCCCUCCGAGCAGAAAUCUGUAGCGCCUCCUAGAGUGACGUCAUCACCAGCAGCGCCUCCCUGUGACGUCACCAGCCGCAGCGCCUCCCAGUGACGUCACCAGCAGACGAGCGGCCGCUGUGGACAUCAGCCAGUGAACAUGACGUCCACGCUACCAGAGGAGCCGGCGAUGGAGGGCCUGGAGAACAACAGUAGCACCGCUGACGCCAAUGCCACCAGCCUGGACAGCUUUUACUUUUACAAGGUGGAGCAGCUUACCUUUCUCUGCAUCAUGUUCGCCGUCAUCGUCUGCGCCAACUCACUGCUGCUCAUCAGCCUCGUGUCGGCCAAGUCGAGAAAGUCCAGAACCAACUUCUUCAUCAUGCACCUGGCGCUGGCAGAUCUGUUGGUGGGCCUCAUCAGUGUCGUUACCGACGUCGUUGGAAAGUUUACCGUGGUCUGGUACGGCGGAGCUAUCGCCUGUAAAAUCGUCAAAUACUUCCAGGUUCUGGUGACCUUCUCGUCCACAUAUGUGCUGGUGGCACUCAGCAUAGACCGGUGUGACGCCAUCAUACACCCGAUGCGAUUUAUCGGCAGCUGGCGCCGAGCUCGAAUGCUAGUCGUGGGGGCGUGGACCGUGAGUGCCCUGUUUGCCUCGCCAAUGCUGGUUCUGUUCGACACAACGUGGUUCGCAGAACACCAGAUGACCCAGUGCUGGAUCGACCUGGGCGAGCCAAACUCGUUCGAGUGGCAGCUGUACAUGGUACUCAUCAGCGUGGUACUCUUCAUCAUUCCGGCGGUCAUCAUCAUCUGCUGCUACUCGGUCAUCCUCUGCACACUCUGGAGCAAGGGGCGCAUGCUCAAAAUGACCACCGACCUCGAAAACCACCGGUUCGCCCGCGCGACCAACACAGCUGCAGGGAAGAGAGCCGAGGACUGCGACCUUCGUCGGGCCAGUUCUCGCGGUCUGAUACCAAAGGCGAAAAUAAAGACAGUCAAGAUGACGUUUGUCAUUGUAUUCGUGUUCAUCUUAUGCUGGAGUCCGUACUUCGUGUUCGACUUGCUGCAAGUGUUCGGGCACCUGCCGCGCACACAAACCACCAUCGCGGUGGCCACCUUCAUCCAGAGUCUGGCACCCCUCAACUCGGCCGCCAACCCCAUCAUCUACAUCAUUUUCUCCAACAACGUCUGCAGAAACCUCAGGCGUCUGUCGGCGGUGGAGUGGCUGGUGAAGCGACUGCCCUGCUGCCGUCGAUGGGCGCCCAGUCGGCCGUCGGUUACGACGUCGACGUUCCGUUACGGCACCGACUUCACCACAAUGUCCGACUCGCGCUCCCGCAGCGCGCACACGCAGACACGAUCCAUCGUUCAACGAGGCGACGGCCUACGGAACUAUGGUGCUGCCACCUCGGGGCCGCAAACGGAAACUCACCUUCAGCCAGAUGGCGCUACGACACAGACAGUGCCGGAGCGGACUGCCCUGAGCGGCUCUGUGCGAGUCUGAGUCCUGCCUGCAGCACUCACGAAAAGUCCUCAGUUUGAGAUGGAGGCGGAUAAAGGGCCAGGCUGCAUGUAGAUGACCGAGAGGUCAUGUGCUUUGUUGGUGUCAAGAUGAGACGUCAUUGUGGAACGCCAAUUGUAAAUAAUGUGCUGUAUGCUCUUACGUACGAACAAAUGUGUGGCGGUUAUUUAUGUGUGCAAUGCCAGAGACGAUCAAUGUGUGGAUGUUUCAAUGGAAGUGGAUAUUUAUGUAGUCCUCGAGGAGGGACACCAUCACCUAUCCGUGCUUCUAUCUUCAGGAUACUGAAAUCCUUCUCCUCCAAGCCGCAAUCCCCCUCCGGGCUGGACAGGCAACUUUAUCUCAUGCGGGCUGCUCCCUUGGAGCGGCACCGCUGCUCCCGAGGGAGCGCACCCCGUAGCCGGGUGCAGUGAGUGCCUUGGGGCUGGAUGGCCUGUCCUCUGGACAGGCUCAGCCCCGGCGACUCACUAGGGUGCCUGCCCAGACCAAUGUCUCCCCCUAAUUCCUAUCAUCCUUCCGGCUCUGCAAUGGUCUUGUCGACCGAAAGGGCCUAACCCAACAAAACAAAAACAAACAAACAAGGGACACCAUGUCGGGACCUUGGCCUCGGACAGCCAGAUGCACUCAGCACAAAUAAUGAUAAAUAUUUAUCGAAUCGUCUCGGGAUUUACCAUGCUUUAGCUCGAUGUCCAUCGGAUUAAAAAACUGCAUGGGUGCUGAGGCCUGAAAAUAUAACAUUUAUCACUACUAACACGAACCUAAGUAUCGUUUAAAGACAUUUUUUUUGUUGUUUCCUCAACAAACGCCUAUUGUUGAGGAAAAAUUAUCAUGGCGAAGAAAACAAGUUCUAGGUACGUACAUCGCUUUAUGAAUAUGAACUUUAACGACAAUGACAAAGCCAUGAGAUCUUAGGCGGACGGAAAUUGACAAUCAUGGCUCAUUUUUUAUGACGACGAUGACAAUGAUGGUUGAUGUGUCAAUCCACCUGUCUGAGCUUCAUCACAGUAGGCAUUGUUGAGAGGCUCAGGCAAGCCUCUUGGUUGUCGGCUGUCGCCUUGUUUUGAUGCCGUCUGAGUGUACAUAUACCUACCUAUGUGUGUGUGUGACGUUGCCUGUCGGUUUAUGUGACGUGUGUCCGUGGGCGUGAGUAUCGAUUCGAUACCAAAAACACAGGGGCCGACUGACCGUGUUAUUUAUGUUAAGUGUAAAUAAACCUGUAAUUUGUCAA